GAGUGCUGAGUGAGCUGGAUGUCGACGUUAAUGAAGGGACGCAGGUGGAGCUGCAAGGACACAUAGGCCGAUUUCAGCGCCAGUGCUUAGGACUUCUAUGUCGGUUUGGUGGUUCAGACAGACUCCGUCAGUUUAAACUGCAAGAUGACAGCGCGGAGGGAGACAGAGUCAACAAGAGGGAUGAAACUGAGUUGGCCAUGCAGCAGAUCUGUGCAAACGUGAUGGAAUACUGUGAGUCAGUGAUGUUGCAAAGCGCCCCCAGUUUUCAGCACUCUGUUUGUCUGUUUACUCCCAGCCUGUCAGAAUCAACCAACCGAGAUGGGCCUCGUCAGGAUUCACAAACACCAGUAGUCCCAUACUGGCACUUGCCUGGCUUGGGCAUUAUCGUCUACCUGCUGAAACAGAGCACUGGUGACUUCUUCAGUUACUAUGACAGCCAUCGUCAGAGUGUCAACAAACUACAAAAUGUGGAGCAACUCCCACCGGACGAAAUAAAAGAGCUGUGUCAGUCAGUUAUGCCAGCUGGGGUUGACAAAAUCUCUACUUCCCAAAAAUACGUUUUGGCAAGGCGACGCCUGGUGAAGCUAAUAAACAACCGAGCCAAGCUGCUUUCUCUCUGUUCUUAUAUCAUAGAAACGUGUCUCUUCGUUCUUUGGCGUCACCUGGAACACUAUCUCCUUUACUGCACACCCGCUGACUCCCAAGACCCACUCCUUUCCUCCAGGAUGUCAUUUAGGAAAGGAAGGCUGCACGAUUCCUUUGGUUCAGAGCCUAACUUGGAUUUCAGCAGCGGGCUGAAUCGGGUGAGCCAGCAUGACAUAGAACAGCUGCAGAUUGAGGCCGCGAACAGCUUUGGCGAGUCCCUGCAGAAGAAGCUUCUGGACAUCGAAGGGUUAUACUCUAAGGUUCGGUCACGAUACACCUUCAUUCAAGCUCUUGUUAGACGCAUCCGUGGUCUCCUGAGGAUAUCAAGGACCUGAAAGACUCUGACACACGUUGCUUGUCCCCGGAAGCAGCGCGCUAGGGUGGGCCUUCUGCAUCAUCAGAUUUUAUAGAUCACGUUUUCUAAAUAAUGUCAAAAA